CUGGUGACCAGGCAGAGAAACCUCGCUGAGUUCCCUGGUGCCGGGACUGGAGCUGGGGCUGGGAGCCACAGACAUGAACAGGAUCUCCCCCCAGGUUAGAUCUGCCCUGAGCGGACUCCCACCUGGGGAGGGGGAAGGCAAUGGCAACUCUGCUGCUGGAACCAAAGCCCGCCCGGGAGGGGAAGCCGACUGCAGCCCGCUCUGCUGCUCGCGCCGAAGGGCCUGUGUCUCUGCCAUCCUGCUGCUCCUGCUGGCCACUCUUGCGGCCCUGAUCGCCCUGGUUGCCAUUUGUGGACCCCCACCAAGGACACCAGGGGCCCAGGCCUGUGUGACACCGAAGAACAGGACGGGCUUCCUGUGCCAUGACCGGAGGAGCUGCAUCCCGGCCCACGGGGUCUGUGACGGCAUCCGCACCUGUGCCCAUGGCGAGGACGAGGACGAGGCCUUGUGCCGAGAUGUGCCCCAGAGCCUCCCCCGCUUCCUCGUGGCCCACUGUGGACACCCGGCCUCCUGGAUCUACUCGGACCAAAAGUGUGAUGGGACCAACAACUGCGGGGACUGCUCGGAUGAACUGAGUCCAGUGUGCCCGCCCUGUGGCCCUGGGUGGUGGCGCUGCCCCUCGACCGUCUUCAGGUUCUGCGGCUGCAUCCCGAGGAGCCUCUGCCGGGACCAUGUGCAGCACUGCUCUGACUGGUCCGACGAGUACUCCUGUCCUGGACCCUGAGAGGCCACGCAGGCCAGAGCGGGAGGCUGGUUGGAAUGGCACUGAGAACCCUUCACAUGGCCACCGAGUCCAAGGACACGAGGGCUGGAAGCUGCCUUCGAGAUCAUCUAGUGGGAUCUACGCACCGCCAUCUCUGAAUAGGAAUUGCCUCUCCUGCUUUCAAGUUGUUCAGCCUCUGCUUGAAUGCUUCCAGCGACAGGGAGCUCACUACAAUGUUAGGCAGCUCCUAACAAAGAUGAGGGGAAUCUGCUUCCGUGAUUUCAGUCCUGUUUCUGGGGCCACACCCGGGAAACCUGCUCCUCUGCCCCAAGACAGGCUUGCAGAUCCUGAGCUCAUCACCCCUUGGAGAAAAGAUGAGUCUGGGGCUCAAACGCCACUCUGAGGAGGAGCCCUUAUGGCUGGCACACAUGUGAAGUGUAUGCCGCUUCCCGGCCCUCUGGCCCUUAAGGCAGACAUUAGACACGGCCUUAGAUUUUUCUCAACUCCAUGAUCCUAGCAGGCCCCUCCGAGUGGUCACAUGACACGUGCCUGAGAUGGGUAUUUGUCACCCUCCCAGUGGGGAGCCAUCCCCAGAGGCUCUGAGCUGUGGAAUAGAAGGUUGGAGAAUGAGAAUCCCUCUGUCCGUCCAUUCCCCACCCUCCACCCCCCACUCUCCACCCACGACCAGCUGCCCAGCCAAACAGCCCAGGGUUCUUGAAACAGGGAUGUAUUUGCACCUGGAGCCGAGUGAAUUAGCUCUUUCUCUGCAUCCCUUCCCAGUCGGGCAAGGAUGGAUAUAUCCAUUAGACAGAUGAGGAAACUGAGGCCCAGGGAGAAAUGACUUGCCCAGCAUCAUACGGCAAAGUCAGGGCUGGAACGGGAACUCAAACACAGCCGACGGUGUCCCAGCCCCACAGCCUUUCCUGCUACCAGCAUGGUUAUGCCUUGGCCGGGCAGAGUCUCUGUUGGGUAUUUAAAAAGGUAGCAUGAGAGUCAGAGAGUGGGCCUCCCUUUAUUCUGAAAGAGAGCCCUGGUCUCUGGCCAAAAAGAAGGUUCCUGUUGAGGAAGACAGACAUACCCUUGCUGGAAAUUAAUAAAAUUGGUUUUAUGUGUCAGUA